CCCGGUUCUCUGCUGCUGACAGUGCCCAGCCACUGUGCCAUUCUCAGCAGGAACCUGCUCCCUGCGGGAAUGAGGGAGGGAAAUGAGGAAGGUGGAGGAGCCGCAAAUGGUUUUCAAUUAGUGGGUCCUCCUUUGUCGCUGCAAAGAGGGGAUUAGGGGCAGGUCCCGGGGGGAGAUAAAAACUCCUGGAGCGGGAGCUCAAGCAGUGCCCAAAAGGAGGGGGAAGAAGGGGCAGCUUGUUGCCAGUGCCCAGCAUGGCUCGGGGUGUGCUCUGUGCCCUGCUGCUGGCGCUGGGCUGCGCUCUGGGCCGGGCGGGGGAGUAUUGCCACGGCUGGUCGGGAGGUGCCCAGCGCUGGCACCGCGGCUUCCAGUGCCCCGAGCGCUCGGACGGCCCCCUGGCCACGCUGUGCUGCGGCUCCUGCAGCCUCCGCUACUGCUGCUCGGCCCCCGAGAGCCGCCUGGACCAGGGCAGAUGCCCCGGGGAGCCCCUGCCCAGCCCCAGGACCCCUGUGCCAGGUGAGCUUUGCGAGCGUGCAGAGGGAAUGUCGGCUGUGCUUCCUUCUGUGCCGCCUUCCCUUGGUGGCAUCGGCCGGGCCCCUUCUUUUCUUUGUCCCCGCAGCUCCAAGCUGUCACCUCCGCGGCAGAAAGGGUUGGAGCGCUGGCACCCUUCGCUGGGAACAGGGAAUAACUGGGGGGUUCACUCAGAAGGCUUUUCUGUCAGUCCUGCUCCUAGAAAAUCCUCUAAACUACUAACAGAGUACCCUGCGAACACCUCUGGUGUUCAUAUCCCCGUGGAACGUGUUGCUGACCUAUUAUGGGUUGGACUCGAUGAUCUCAGAGUUCUUCUCCAACUUAAAUGCCUCUUUGCGAUUGCAGUGCCCGUGUACCUGCCUUUCCUCCUCGUCGGCUCCGUCUUCGUGGCAUUUGUUGUUGGCGGCGCCUGCGUUGGAAUUUGCUGCUGCAAAUGCUUCAAAUCCCGAGCUGAGGGGCAGCAAAGUGGGCUUGCACCCGGCCAGACUUGGCUACUAGAGCCUGACGUUCCUUCUGGCCUCCCCAGCUCUGCCCUCAGGGGCUCGCUGGGCAGCGCCCCUCCAAGCAGCAUCUGCACGGCUCUGCCUCCACCCCUCCCUGUCCUCGGGCUGGCUCAAAACCCUCGGCUCUUCUCCCCUCCAUGCGCCAGUGCACAGCUCUCACACCCUUCCCGUGCUCUCCACGGGAUCCCAAGGGAUCAGAUUCCAGCACCGUUCCUUAAAAGAACAAUUCAUGGACAUGGUGCUGAGGCAGCUCUUGGAGUGGCACAGGGUAAGCCAGGGAUGUUCUCAGCAGUUCAUGUCUGACUGCCACUCACAGCACCCACCUGCAUCUGCCUCACGGUCAUCAUGACUACUUUGGGACUGAAUUGAGGACUUGGAAAUAUUUGGUGCUACUAGGAAGUGCAUCAAUUUUGGCUUUUUACAGCUCUGAAGGCACCAUUUCAGAACUUAUUUUAGCUUCUUGGCGUUUUUCACUUGUAUUAUUUUAAUGCUGCUGAAAAAGGGAAGAUUCUGAGCCCUGCAUACCUGCUCAGGGAACAACUGGAGCUCCAAAACUGAGUCCCACCCUCCCCUGAUCCUUUCAUGCUCUGGGGGACGUGUCAGAGGACUUGGUUUCAAUUCCUGCAGCUGAGGACAGGGAGGUGCCUUAGUGGAAUUAUUAAUUGUGGACACCCAAGAGCCUGCACAGCACAGGAGGACUGUGCUUAACCUGCACGCUUGGACCAGUCAAUUGAUGGUAAAACACUGCCCGUGGCUGGGCUGCCCCCGCUGGACCCUCAGGCAAACUGUGCUGCUAAAGGAGCAACUUUUAGCCCAAAUUUCACUGAUAUUUACAUUUUGUACAGAUGCUACAUGAAGAUAAUAAAACAGUGUAUGUGUUGAUUCCUCUCUUCCA